AAUGAGGAGUACCCCAAGAAGUAUCGUGUAUAAUGUCCCUGUUUUUAUAUUUUUAUUGUUUGGACAUAUUUUUGGUUAUUUUUUGUUUGGUCCACUCUAUCAACAUGGAUUAGUUGAAGAGAACCGUGUGGGGGGAGAUUGUUGUUGCUCUUAA